AUGGCAGCUAAGGAAUCCAAUAAUUAUGGAACUGAAGCUGCUCCUAGUAGCGUUGCCAUUAUUUUUGGUGUUACUGGGCUUGUUGGGAGAGAAAUAGCCAGAAGGCUAAUCUCAAAAAACAAAUGGAAGGUCUAUGGUGUGGCUAGAAGGUCUGAGAGUUUUCCUAUCCAAUGUCCCAACUAUCAUUUCAUCUCGUGUGACUUACUAAACCCUGAAGAAACAGAAAAGAAGCUUUCUGUGGUACAGGAUGUGACUCAUGUGUUUUGGGUCACUUGGACAGGCGAAUUUCCUCUAGAUAGCAUAAAAAGCUGCGAACAGAACAAGGCCAUGAUGUCCAAUGCCUUGAAUGUCAUCCUCACCGAAUCCAAGGCGCUGAAGCACGUUUCGCUCCAAACAGGGAUGAAGCAUUACGUCUCAUUAAAAGGUCCUUUUGAUGCGAAAGAAGUCUCUAUCUAUGAUGAAAAAUGCCCAAGAGCAAGUGAAGGUUAUAACUUCUAUUAUGUUCUCGAGGACUUGCUUAAGGAGAGACUAGCUGGUAAAGUGGCAUGGUCCGUGCUAAGGCCUGGCUUGUUGACGGGCAGUUCCAACAGGACUUUGUAUAACGUCAUAGGUUGUUUAGCUAUCUAUGGGGCUAUCUGCAACCAUCUGAAUCUCCCUUUUGUGUUUGGAGGGACGAGGGAGUGUUGGGAGGAAGUAUGUAUUGAUGGUUCUGAUGCUCGGCUGGUAGCUGAACAACACAUUUGGGCAGCUACCAAUGAUGAAAUAUCUUCCAGAGACGGCCAAGCAUUCAAUGCAAUUAAUGGCCCAAGUUUCACAUGGAAGGAGGUCUGGCCGGUCCUUGGAAAGAAGUUUGGCGCUAAAGUGCCUAAAGAAAUGUUUUCAAACCACUUUUGGUUUGCAACAGCAAUGAGUGACAAGAAGAAGGUUUGGCAUGAAAUUGUAGUGAAGGAAGGUCUGCUACACACGGAGAUGGAAGAUUUGGCUAACUGGGAGUUCUUGGAUAUCUUGUUCCGUUGUCCGACGAAAAUGCUAGGGACUCGAGGGAAAGCUGAUCGAUUGGGUUUUACGAUGAGAUGCAAGACAUCGGAAUCAAUCUUGUAUUGGAUUGAUUCCAUGAGAGAGGAGAAGUUGAUUCCUUAG